ACCAGAUUCAAGUCUCAGUUUAGAGUUUGAUAAAUAUAUAGUAGCGACAACUAAAAUGUGCUACGGGGGUAAAUUACUGUCCGUCGAUGACGCGUAAUCCUUCGCAACAGCUGUCUUGGUUAUAGCGCCGAAUGUGAUGCACUGUGUCAUUAAACAACCAGAACACGAACGCUGUCGUUUUCCGUAUCAAUGUGGCUUUUAACACAAGAAAUCGGAAAUAUUCCAUCGUUGGAUAAAAGGCAAAUGUAUCGGAAAUUCGUCGAGUAGCAUUUGGACUCUGAAACGUAGGAUUUUAUCGGCACAUCAAUGUACAUUUGAGAAUUUAUAAGAAAUAAAAUAGAAUAAGGGGCCGUUCACAACGAACUCGUCUAGUGCUCAGGCGCAGCGGUCUCGAGACGCGUUUUAAACAGUUGAAGUUCUUUUUACUUGACACGUCGUCUAAAAACGCAGCGCUCCUGCACUCGAAAACGCCCGUCUAGCGAAUGUUUAUAUAUUGAAAACAAUUGGACGGAUGCGAAAACGCGUUCGGGCGUGAACAGCCCCGAAGACUUGCAAGCUGUUUGGAUCGAGGGGGGACACUACCCCUAUCGCACAUAGACUGAAACGUCAUCAGCAUUUUCCUGUAUUUAAAUGGUCGAGAGAGGAGGUCAUUGCUGAAAUAAGGAAGAACGCCGGGUAUUAAGAGAAACUGAGUGAGUUACACACACACACAUCAAGAUUUACUAGAUUAGACUACAUAAAUGGGGGAUUACGGCUUUGGAGUCCUGGUUAAAAACAACGCUGCAAACAAAUCAGUUUUCCCAGUAAGAAUUCAUCCACACCUGCAGCAUACGGUCCACCACCAGACAGCUCCUCCAAGCCCCCCAGCUUUCAUCAGCAACAACAACACUACCAAUGGUGGAAGCAUCGGGUCCACUUGGCUCUUCCCGGCUGUGACGACCCUUUCUACCAUGCAAGAUGAUAUUUUGGAGUCUGAGACGUCCAAGGCUGAACAACAGCAGCAAGAGAGUCAUGAAGGACAAGACAAGCAGGCACUCUCUCCAUCAGGUAACCAAGAAACACCAGGAAACAUAUCCGAGUUUGACAACACCAUGCCAGAGGAGAAUCAGCUGGAAAAAGGGACCAUGGAGAACAGUAAUGGAAAGGAGGGUCUGCGGCUUGAAUCUCCAGCGUUAUCAGGGUUUGACUAUCAGGAGACAUCUGGCAUUGGUACUUUAACCCAGUCCAGUAGCUCUUCCUCAUCGUCUCUUACUGGCUUCAGCAGCUGGUCCACUGCUAUCCCCCCCAAUGCCUCCAACUUGAUUGAAGAGGUUGGCUUUUUCAAUCAGGCUACUACUACUAACAAUGCUCCUUCACCGCUGCUAUUUCAAAGUUUCUCUCACCACACCAGUACAGGUUUUGGGGGUAAUUUCUCCCACCAGAUGGGGCCACUAUCUCAGCACCAUCCAUCUCAUCCUCACUUCCAGCACCCUCAUAAUCAGCACCGCAGGUCCUCGGCCAGCCCCCAUCCACCGCCCUUCUCCCACCGCAGUGCUGCUUUCAACCAGCUUCCCCAUUUGGGGAAUAACUUCAGCAAGCCUCCUUCCCCUUGGGGAAGCUAUCAGAGCCCCUCCUCAACCCCUUCUUCAGCUUCUUGGAGCCCAGGUGGAGGGUAUGGAGGCUGGGGAGGCUCUCAGGGCCGGGAGUAUCGCAGGGGGCUGAAUGGAGGGGUGAAUCCCCUCAACUCUAUCUCGCCUUUAAAGAAGUCUUUCCCAAAUAACCAGACCUCCACGCAGAAGUAUCCCCGCAACAACUCCAGUUUCAACACUAAACCUUGGAUGGAGGAUGCCAUUAACCGCAAUGAUAGCCUCUUUCCAUUUCAGGAUCGCAGUAGGUCCUUUGAUGGCUUCAGCAUGCACUCUCUUGAGAACUCACUAAUUGACAUCAUGAGAGCUGAGCAGGAUUCCUUGAAAGCAAGGAAUUAUGGAAGGCAACGAGGUCACUCAUCCUUGUUUCCCAUGGAGGAUGAGCGGAAUUUUGGAGAGGAUGAGCGAUCUGAUCAGAGCCUGAGUGGUCUGGGAUCCCCACAUAGUUUCCCUCACCAGAAUGGUGAACGCAUCGAGCGCUAUUCUCGCAAGGUCUUUGUUGGUGGUCUACCUCCAGAUAUAGAUGAAGAUGAGAUCACUGCAAGUUUCCGACGCUUCGGACAUCUGUUUGUGGACUGGCCACACAAAGCAGAAAGCAAAUCCUACUUUCCACCAAAAGGGUAUGCGUUUCUUCUGUUCCAAGAUGAGAGCUCUGUCCAGGCCCUGAUUGAUGCCUGUAUGGAAGAGGACGGGAAGCUUUAUCUUUGUGUCUCUAGUCCUACAAUCAAAGACAAACCAGUCCAGAUACGACCCUGGAAUCUAAAUGACAGUGACUUUGUGAUGGACGGCUCUCAGCCCCUUGACCCCAGGAAGACCAUCUUUGUUGGUGGAGUUCCACGACCUCUACGAGCUGUGGAGCUCGCAAUGAUUAUGGACAGACUCUAUGGUGGGGUGUGCUAUGCUGGCAUUGACACUGACCCCGAGCUGAAAUAUCCUAAAGGGGCUGGACGGGUGGCCUUUUCCAAUCAGCAGAGCUACAUUGCUGCUAUCAGUGCUCGCUUCGUACAACUGCAACAUGGGGAGAUCGAUAAACGGGUGGAAGUGAAGCCAUAUGUACUGGAUGACCAGCUGUGUGAUGAGUGUCAGGGCACACGUUGUGGGGGCAAGUUUGCACCUUUCUUCUGUGCUAACGUCACCUGUCUCCAGUACUACUGUGAAUACUGCUGGGCAGCCAUUCACUCACGUGCUGGUCGGGAGUUCCACAAGCCUCUAGUGAAGGAGGGAGGGGACCGGCCUCGCCACAUCUCCUUCCGCUGGAACUGAUCCUGGAGGUCAAGGCUGUGCUAUUCAUAUAAAUGCACUUUUCAUUUUGCUAUGUCCUUUUUAUUUAGAGUUAUUUUUAAGUCUAAAAUUUUUAUUUAUUCUUAAGUUUUAAAAAAAAUUGCAGAAGAGAAUGCUAAAAGAAAAUGAUGUAAUCCUGAUUUUUGUUAAAAAGCUACAUUGGUGCGCAUGAAGACUUGAAUGCAUUAGAUUUAAAAAAUAUAGAUGUAUAGCCUGACUUCACUAUGGAUUACUGUUUUAUCUUUAUUCUUCUGGGGCCUCAUCUUCUGUUUGUAAUGGGUCACAUUUUCACUUAGAAGGCCAUGCACAAAGAGGAGGCAGGAAAUGAAAAGGCUUAUAUGUCCAUUGUGUGACUAAUGUCAAUGUUUACUAUUUCAGUGACUUAUCUUAAAUGGUUGCAUGGCAAAUGUGGAAUCAUAGUUACUACUUUCAAGAAAAUACACAACAACAUGACUUCUUACAGGAGACCACAACCUAUUGUUGGUUUUUGCUGGAUGAUUAACAUGGUUCUAACAUGUGAGGCUAAUGUUCAUAUGUUUAGAAAGAAGGCAUCGAUUUCAAAAAUCAAACAAAGAAAUAGUUAACUUUGAUCAAAUCAAGCAGUCACCACAAGAUCAGAGGCAGGCUGAAGGACAACAACUAAGAAGUGUAGAGACACAGUGAUAUGGUUUGUGAUUAUGUGUCUUUCCUUGUUACACAGGUUUAGUAAUGCAAACCAAAGAUGAGCUUUUGAGAUCCUGAUGUCUAUGAUAUCAUGGAGAAUACAUGUAUGUGGUUUGGUAGACCAGAAAAUAAAUGAAUUCUUGUAAUGGUUUUGGCAGUAACUUUGGCUCAUUUGUCAGGGAUAUUGUGCUAAAAACUCAACAUUGUAGUAUUUACUAAUAAGAAAUGACCAUGUGUUGCAUUGAUAGUGUUUUAAUGCAUGGGUUUUGCCAUGGGUUUGUUGGUGUUCUAACUGAGCAUUGCAGUAGCUGAGCACAUUUAAAAGAAUUUGAAAAAUAUUAUUUUAUACAUGGUCUGCUGAUUUUUGUACUGUGUUUUAUAGCUAAUUAUUUUGUCAUGGCAUAAGAAAACAUUAUGCACUACUUUUCUAAAUAUUGUUUUUCAAGUAAUUUUUUUUUUUUUCCACAAAUGGUUGUGAUAACUUUUGUUUUUGUUUUGUUUUUUUACUUGUUGGAUAUAGAUUUUGUACCUUUUUGUUACUAAGAGAUCUGAUUAUGAGGAAAAGAAGGAAAAGCUAAUGUAAUUUUUUUUGGUUGAAGAUUUUAUGUAUUCAUGUGCUGAAAACCUAAAUCGUCACAUAUUUAGGUGACUUGUUGAAACAAAUAUCUAAUAUGUUCUUUUCUGUCUUAAUGGACAAAGUAAAAAUUGAAACUAGCAUGACAAAAAAAAAAAAAAAAAAUCCUUAAAAUGUGUGGUACAUGUAGAAAUCAAGUACCUACCUGCUAUCACUUAUGAGAAUGAUGAUCCUUCCCUUAUUAUUGGCUCUAGCAAAUAAAGAACAAUGUAAAUUAGGGUAAUUUUAGGAUGCACCUUGUACCACAAUGUUGAAAUAUCAAUGUUUAUUAUUAUUAUGUAUAAUCCUGAGAAGCAACACGGUUUAUUUAGUUUUUAGGUAUGCAUGAGCUAAAUUUGGUAAGGGUGUUUAUAUUUUUCAUUUUAAUAAUAGUUUUGUUUCAGCCCAGACGGUGGUCUAUAGAACAUAUUUUAUGUACCUUACCCAUGCACAAGCUGUGCAUAGUCAUUUACUGUGUACUAGUUCGCCAAGAAAAUUAAGCAUACAUGAAUGCUGAUGGAAAGACUCAGAGAGAUCAGUGCAAUACUUUUUUUUUUUUCCAGAGAUAUUUAGUAUACUUCUAAUAUAACCACAUACUGUAUGUGCAAAUCAAUUAAUUCCAACCUGUCUCACCUCAUAAAAUCACCGUUAGCGAUUAUAACCUUUAACGUUCUCUGAUAGUAAACUAUACCACUGAAAUUGCAGGUGUUUAUACUUUUAUGUAUUCACAUAUUUUCUUACUUGAUUUCAUGCUACUGUGAUUACAAUGUAAAUAUUAAGUGAAUAAUGUUUUAAUCAUUUACUGAUAUUUUUUUAAUUGGAAUGUAAUACUUGUCAUUUUGAUUCUAGUUUUGAUCAGUAAAUCAGUACACUUAUUAGAUUUUAUAGUUUUAAUAAUCACUAUAUUGUGCUUCAUGUCUACAGAAGAAAAAUAUUAGAAUAUUCUCUAUGUAACUGGUUAUUUAAAUUUUACAUAGUUUAUAACCGUGUAUGGGAAGGUGUAUUUAUCAAUAGAUUUUUAUAAGAGGAAUGUUUUUUUGUUUAUUUGUUUGUUUGUUUUGUUUUUUUGCUAUGUCAUUUAUACAUUUUAAUUUUUAUAUUUUAAAUCCAUAUGGAGUUAUGUAAAGGAAAAUAUCAUUUAAAAGUUGGGUUAGUCAUACAUGUGCUUUGGUAGCUGAGUCUUAAUUAUUUGCAGUUAAAUAUUUAUAACAGAAUGCUUAAUUUGAAAGUAUAUGUAAUGUGAAAUGUUGAAUGAAUUAACUUGAUUGCAGAAAGUUCAGUAGGUCUUUUCCUAUCUAAACGGAAUGUCAAUCAUCACAAUGAGAACUUGAAUAGGAAUUUGUAUCUGUGAUGGAUGUUGCACAUUUGAUUUAAAUAAACAUAUAUAAUAACAGAGUGUUACGCAUCCUCUUAUAAUAGAGCACAAAAUGAAAUGCAGCAGGCUUCUGGUACUGACUAAUAAUGAGGUCAAAUCUAUUUUUAGCCUGUCUGAUACAGUGCAUGCUGCCUAAAAGGUUUUAUGAUUAAGCAGGGCAUCAUUGUGACUUGAUAAUUCUGAGAAUAUUGAAUUUGAUUGCUGCUACUCUUUUUACUUCACACUUCAAACUCGAAAGGAAAUCCAAUGUGUCUGUUCUGUUUAUAACCUAAAUUUUUGUUACUUAGAGCACGUCACACUGCAAUGCAUAAAUUAUCUACAGUAUAAAUCAUCCCAGGUGAUGUAUCAGUUGUUUUAAGUCAAAAGUUUUAAUGUAGUGUGAGUGCUGAUUUAUAGGCCAUCUCCUCGUGAUCCCUGCAGAGGCACACAGCACCCUCUGUUGGUACUUGAUCGUUCAAAGUAAACAUAUUGUUGAAGUCAGAAGUUUACAUACACCUUAGCCAAAUAAAUUUUAACUUAGUUUUUCACAAUUCCACACAUUUAAUUGUAGAAAGUAUUCCCUGUCUUAGGUCAGUUAGGAUCACUACUUUAUUUUAAGAAUGUGAAAUGUCAAAAUAAUACUUGAGAGAAUGAUUUAUUUCAGCUUUUAUUUCUUUCAUCACAUUUCCAGUGGGUCAGAAGUUUACAUACAGUUUGUUAGUAUUUAGUAGCAUUGACUUUAAAUUGUUCUAAUUGGGGCAAACAUUUUGGGUAGCCUUCGGAUUGAGGUCAGGGCUUUGAUAUGGCCACUGCAAUACCUUGACUUUGUUGUCCUUAAGUCAUUUUGCCACAACUUUGGAGGUAUGCUUGGGGUCAUUGUCCAUUUGGAAGACCCAUUUGUGACCGAGCUUUAACAUCCUGGCUGAUGUCUUGAGAUGGUGCUUCAAUAUAUCCACAUAAUUUUCCUUCCUCAUGAUGCCAUCUAUUUUGUGGAGUGCACCAGUCCCUCCUGCAGCAAAGCACCCCCACAACAUGAUGCAGCCACCCCCAUGCUUCACGGUUUGGAUGGUGUUCUUUGGCUUGCAAGCAUUACCCUUUUUCCUCCAAACAUAACCAUGGUCAUUAUGGCCAAACAGUUCAAUUUUUGUUUCAUCAGACCAGAGGACAUUUCUUCAAAAAGUAAGAUCUUUGUCCCCAUGUGCACUUGCAAACUGCAGUCUGACUUUUUUAUGGUGGUUUCGGAGCAGUGGCUUCUUCCUUGCUGAGCAGCCUUUCAGGUUAUGUCAAUAUAGGACUCAUUUUACUGUGGAUAUAGAUACUUGUCUACCUGUUUCCUCCAGCAUCUUCACAAAGUCCUUUGCUAUUGUUUUGGGAUUGAUUUGCACUUUUCGCACAAAACUGCGUUCAUCUCUAGGAGACAGAAUGUGUCUAAUCCUGAGUGGCAUGAUGGCUGCAUGGUCCCAUGGUGUUUAUGCUUGCGUACUAUUGUUUGUACAGAUGAACGUGGUACCUUCAGAUAUUUGGAAAUUGCUCCCAAGGAGGAACUGGCUGAUUUUCCCAUGAUAUCAAGCAAAGAGGCACUGAGUUUGAAGGUUGGCCUUAAAAUACAUCCACAGGUACAUCUCCAAUUGACUCCAAUUAGCCUAUCAGAAGCUAACUGGCUAAUUGCCUAAAGGCUUGACAUCAUUUUCUGGAAUUUUCCAAGCUACUUAAAGGCACAGUUAACUUAGUGUAUGUAAACUUCUGACCGACUGGAAUUGUGAUAUAGUCAAUUAAAAGUGAAACAAUCUGUCUGUAAACAAUUAUUGGAAACAUGGCUCAUGUCAUGCACAAAGUAGAUGUCCUAAACGACUUGCCAAAACUAUAGUUUGCUAAGAAAUCAGUGUGGUUAAAAAAUGAGUUUUAAUGAUUCAACCUAAGUGUAUGUAAACUUCUGACUUCAAAUGC